CAGAGACAGCACAGCACACAAUGGCGGCGGCCGUAUCCCAGUCCGAGCCUUCUGGCUCGCAGAAUAUCUCAGCCCUGCUUGAGACUCUCACCACGUGUCUCAACAGCACCGGAUCAUCGCUCCCAAAGACCAAGCGGGAUGCGCCCUCAGAUGUGUCGAUCGAACCGCCGCAAGAUGGCAUCUCGCUACUUGACACCAAGUCCGAUCUCCUCCUCUCCUACAUGCAGAACCUCGUAUUCUUGGUAAUAUUCCAGCUGAGGGGUCUGAAGUCAUCAGCCGACAAGGACGCCGAAAAGAACGACUCGCUCCCGGACGAUAUUGUGAAGAAACUCGUUGAACUACGUGUCUAUCUGGAUCGCGGUGUCCGACCUUUGGAAGGACGGCUGAAAUACCAGGUCGACAAGGUUAUCAAGGCCGCUGAGGAUGCGGAGCGGGCUGAGCGCGGAGCCACAGCCCCGAAGAAGAGCAAGAAGGCUAAGAAGUCCGCUCGCGACGAGGAGUCUGGCUCCGACGAAGGUAGCAGCGACAGCGAGGGAGACAGUGAGGAGGACGAGGAGGAUGAGGAUGAGGAGGAGGAGGAUAUAGAUGAGAUGGCAUUCCGGCCUAACGUCUCUGCCUUCUCCAAGAAGGUCGAGCCUGAGGCCAAGCAGGAUAAGGCGGCCGCGAGAGCUACAAGCGACGGCAUCUACCGACCACCUCGUAUUAUGCCCACAGCCCUACCGACUACCGAAACCCGGGAGCGCAGGGAGCGCCCGCAACGCCGGUCUAAUGUCAUCGAUGAGUUCGUUAGCGCCGAGAUGUCAUCCGCACCUAUGGCCGAGCCCAGUAUCGGAAGUACGAUCGUACGCGGUGGACGACAGACGAAGUCUAAGAAGGAUCGCGAGCGUGAGGCUGAGCGGACGAGAUACGAAGAAACCAACUUCGUGCGUCUGGCGAAGGAGAGCAAGAAGGAUCGGGCCAAACGUCUGCGUGCCGAGGGCCCGCGGGGCACCUUUGGUGGGGAGGAAUGGCGUGGUCUUACUGAGGGAGCAGACCGGAUCACGAAGCUCACUCGGAGAGCCCAGGGAAGCGGCUCAGCGCUGGAUCGGAGUCGGAAGCGCAAGAAUGAAGAUGGACAGCGCGACGAUGGGAUGGGAGUGGGCCAGAUCUUCGAGAAGCGGCGCAAGAAGGUGGACAGCUGGAAGCGGUGAUCGACUUGUAUACAUACUUUCCUCACUUUUACGAUGCAUCAUUUAUAUUCCUUUCUUCUAAGCGCUCUAUACACACUGGAUUGUUUGGACAUGAGCAACCUGGGCUGAUCGCUGAGCAUAAAGUAGCCCGUCUGCACUGGAUGCUUUGAUAGCCAGAGUGAUUUGCGAUACCAGAAAAGUUAAUUUCAC